AUGAAUAAGAUGGCAGAUCAUUAUUGGAUCAUUUUCUUUCUAGUGUAUUCCUGCCUUAUUAGAGCACUUGAUGCUAGUGCUGGUGACGCCGACCCAUUAUAUCGGGAUUGUGUAGGACAAUGUGAGAAGACUGGAUGUGUUGGGGAGAGAUGCUUUCCACACUGCAAAUUCUCCUCGGAUGGUUCUUCUGUUGAUGGCCCUUGGUACAUGCAAGAGCCUCUUUACUUGCGGUGGAAACAAUGGGAUUGCCAAAGUGAUUGCCGUUACCACUGUAUGCUUGAUAGAGAAAAAGAAAGAGCAGAACUUGGUCAUGGGCCUUUUAAAUAUCAUGGCAAGUGGCCCUUUCGACGUCUGUAUGGUUUCCAGGAGCCAGUUUCUGUAGCUCUUUCAGCUCUCAACCUUGCAAUGCAUUUCCAUGGCUGGCUUUCUUUUUUCAUCCUUCUUUACUACAAGUUGCCACUAAAACCAGAUAAGAGACCAUACUAUGAUUAUACUGGUCUGUGGCAUAUCUACGGGUUCUUGACCAUGAAUUCAUGGUUCUGGAGUGCAGUCUUCCACAGUCGAGAUGUGAGCUUGACAGAAAAGCUAGACUACUCAUCAGCAGUGGCCUUACUCGGAUACUCACUUCUUUUGGCCGUAGUGAGAAGUCUCAAUGUGAGGGAUGAAGCUGCAAGGGUCAUGGUUGCUGCCCCACUGGUUGCUUUUACGACUACCCACUUACUGUACCUCAACAACUAUAAAAUGGACUACGGGUGGAAUAUGAAAGUGUGUGUUGUGAUGGCUGUUGCUCAACUUCUCGUUUGGGCAAUCUGGGCGGGUGUCACCCGUCAUCCUUCUCGCUGGAAGCUGUGGAUUGUAAUUGUAGGAGGCGGCCUCUCGAUGCUGCUAGAGAUUUAUGACUUCCCUCCAUACCAAGGAUUGGUUGAUGCACACGCUCUUUGGCAUGCUACCACUAUCCCUCUUACAUACGUCUGGUGGAGUUUCAUCAAGGAUGACGGUGAAUACCGAACAUCUGCCCUACUCAAGAAGCAUAAGGUCACUGAGAGCCGCCGCCUCCUCCUUCUCUUCCUCUCUCUCUCUCUCUCUAAAUCUGUGUUUUUUUGGUUGUGA